CACGAGCACUCUGCUCGUGCACUUGUGGGGCGCAGUCGCGAGCAAAACGAAACGAUGGGCCGUCAGCUUUUUCCCGAAUAGCGAAGCAGCAUUGCAGCAGAGCUAAUUUUACAGAUAUAUCUGUGUAUUAGGUGACAGUUAUCUGUAACAUUACGGUAGUUCAACUGAACUGCUCGAGCAGUAACACUUUUCCACAUCCCUGCAGCAUUAAUGGUAAUGCAUGCAACGAAUCCAUCCAGACUUAAUGAUGGGUGUAAUGAUCGAAGAGAUCCUCAAGCCUACCAGCCUGUCAAGUAUCAAUCAAAGGGUCAUUCAGCAAAUGAUCAUCGCCAUGAAAAGAUGCGAGACUCAUCAGACUCCACACCACCAACUAAAAUGCUGCGGCGGUCAGACAGUCCAGACAACAAGCAUAGUGAGGGAACAGGACACAGCCAAACAAAGGCACUCCAUGUUCAUCGGCCACGUGAGAGAGAGAGCGGGGUCAGCUCUUCUCCACAGGAAAACUCUCAUCACGUAUCCAGUUCUCACCAUAAUCCAAACAGAACUUCAGACAUGCCGCGUGAACCAGCAGAUGAUUGGUCAGAGCAUAUCAGUUCCUCUGGGAAGAAGUACUACUAUAACUGUAGGACAGAGGUCUCUCAGUGGGAGAAACCUAAGGAAUGGCUGGAGAAAGAGCAGAAGCAGAGAGAAAGUGGUAAGACAGUGGUCAACAGCUUUCCCAAAGACAGAGAUUACAGACAUGAGGCGAUGCAGGCCAGUGCCACAAGUGCCCUCAGUAGUGCAAAAUCUACUAUAGCGGAAAACCCGCUAUCGAACUCUUGUUAUACCCAGCCUAUGUCCCUAAACCCCUCCAGCACAUCAAGCUCCUCCUCGUCCUCCACUGUGCCUGUAUCUCCUUCCCUGCAAGCUUCAGCAUCUACUCUGCUUCAGGACCCAGCACUCCUCCGACAGCUUUUGCCUGCACUACAGGCAACCCUGCAGAUGAAUCCUGGCAAUGUGGACAUGAGUAAAAUUAAUGAAGUUCUCACAGCCGCUGUCACACAAGCUUCCUUACAGUCUAUGCUUCAUAAACUUCUCACUGCCGGAUCCUCCGCUUUCAACGUCACUACUCUGCUUUCCCAAGCUGCUCAGCUGUCCACACAAGCACAACAGUCUGGGCAGUCGCCCAUGUCAUUAGCAUCAGAUGCUUCUUCGCCGAGGUCAUAUGUCUCUCCUAGAGUCAGCACACCUCAGACCAAUGCUGUCUCGAAACCCUUGCACAGCUCUGCAUCACUCUCCUCGCAGCCAAAGGUUAGUGCAGCAAAUCAGAGACCAGGAUCAACAUCCCAGCAGUCCAGCAACUCUGUCAAACCCUUGGAAUUUAGUGAUCCCCGUCUUCACAGGCAGAUCAGUCAAGAAGGUUUGUCAGGCCCCAACGGCAGUGCGGCCAUCAGCAUUCCUGCCUCAGGCACCACCUCUCGAACCCAAAGCACUUUCACUCCUUCUCUAGCAUUGCACUUUGAUGAAAAUCUCAUCAGGCAUGUUCAAGGCUGGCCUUCAGAACAUGUAGAGAAGCAGGUGUCACGGUUGCGUGAGGAUAUCCACAAUAUGGGAACCCUCUAUAUGUCAGAGAUCUGCACUGAGAUGAAAAACCUUCGCUCUUUAGUGCGAGUGUGUGAAAUCCAGGCCACACUGAGAGAGCAAAGGAUUCUGUUUUUGAGACAACAGAUUAAAGAACUUGACAAACUGAAGAAUCAGAAUUCCUUCAUGGUUUGAGAGACCAUUAUGAAGCUCAUGGCAGUCUUUCUCCAAACAAGCCACUGGUUGUUUGGACCCCUGCUCUCAGCCCGAGCCCUCAGAACUGCAGUUGAACUAUAGGCUGCAGUGUCUGAUAUGGGACUGAGAAAAGAUGAGCUUACAAAAGUGCUUAUUGAGGCAUCAUGAGCUCGUAGAUAAAUUUGAAUAUCCUUUUUCUACAAGAGAUAUGUUCAGAAAAGCGCUCUCCAACUCUGAGUGACUAGUGAGGAAUCAUAUAUUGGCUCUGGUGAUUCACGUGCUUGGUUUUCUUAAGGUUAUGCUUGGAUUGAAAUCGUGUCUGUCACGCUGAGGGUUUAUUAUACUGCCAUCCUGCAGUUGUCAGUGAUUUGAUGUAAAUGACACCAGAAGGGCUCUCUUGUAUAAGGAUGCCAGUUAUCAAAGUGACCAAUUAAAAUAAACCCAAUCUUUCUCUUUGUAUAAGGAAGCCAGUUAUGAAAGUGACCAAUUGAAAAAAAUACAAUCUUCAAAGCCAUUGAUUGACUGGCUGAUUUCUUGCUCUUCAGGAUUUAAUAGGACGUAUAAGUGAUCUUCCUUAAUUCACGACAAGCUUGUCUCACCAAGAGAAGCAAAUUGGGUGCUAAGGAUUUCUGAAUUUUGAGGCACUUAAAAACUUUAGCUUGAUGUGAUAGAUUCACAUUUUCUGAGUUUGUGAACCCUGGUUAAAUGGUUUUUGUCCCUACCUGUCUCUGAUAUUCUUGUUCUUUGUAGUGCUGUUACACAUCUAACAGAUUACUUUUACAUGAUGCACCCUAUCACAUUUUUUUUGUUAUUAUUGUUUUGAGUUGUUUGUGUUUGCUCGGCUGUACUUAAACUCAUUAAAUUGAGUUUAUCCAUUCCCCUAUUGCCCACGUUCAUAUAGAAAGACACAAUGAGAUGAUUUUGUGUUUUAUACUGUAUGAGCACUUGUUGCACACAAAAAUCGCAUCCCCUAGGUAUGGAGGACAACUAUGGGGCUGUGCAAACAGAUAUUUUCUGGAGAACCGUAUCGCAUUUUCUCAGCUUUUACAUACAAUUAUAUCAUCCAGACUUUGAGAAGCCAGUAAGCUUUUAGUCAGCCUGACAGUUUGUGUUUAACAAGGAUGCAAAAAAUAUAUAUAUAACAAAAAAAGAAAUUCCUCUUUGAUGUUUGCAGCGUCAUUCAGUUUCUGCCGUGUUGUCCUUUAUGUCCUCACUGCCUUACAAUGUGAGGUUUAAACUUAGACCAAUUUAAAUGCUUUAGUGUAAAUAGAGUUCACUCUCUGAUUAGAGAUGGGUAUGUUGCUUUGUAUAUGGUUUCUAAAAGUUAGAGGAAAUAAAACAUUUACCACAUUA